AUGUAUGUGAAAUGGUUUGAUACAGUAAUGUUUUACUAUGUGAUUUUAGUGUAUUUAGUGAAUGUCACUGUUUGUCAUUUUCAAAUUUCCCGCCAGUUCCGUCCCCUGUACGUCCCGACGUCGCAGGGAACGGAACCCAGAAGACGGAUGCCGGUAUAGGCCAGGGGACAUUGCCGGGACGCUGCAGGAGGGACAUCGCGGGAGCGCAGGACAAGGUAAGAGAAGAACAGAUCCCGGAGCAAUGCUGCAGGGUAAGCCCGAGUGUAGCUCGGGGUUACCGCUUUUGCUACACUCGGGAAUACCACCAGGGAGGUUA